AUGGAUAUGACUCGCAAUAUUGCCAUGAAUGAAUGCCCGGUCUGUGGCAUGGCUAAAAAUAGAAUGGAGAGGCACCUUGUUGAUGUCCAUGGAUAUUCGCAAGCCCAAAUUUCGGAAUUCAAGGCUCAGAAGAAGAGCCGGAGAAUUGCUGUAUCGGGGAAGCCUAUUUAUAACUGCGAAUUCUGUGAUGCGACAUUCAACAGCAUCAUCGUCAUAAAUCCAACGCAGAAAGAGUGGCUCCGAAAGUAUGGACAGAGGGCAUUAUGUGUGGAUGAUACGUUCAACCUAACGUCUUAUUCGCUAAGAUUAGCCACUGUAAUUGUCGCGGAUGAAUGGGAUAGAGCUCUUCCAGCUGCGUACCUCCUCUCCUAUAGGAUGACUGAUAUGGAAGUUGGGUUGAUGUUUGAGCACGUGAAGAAGUUGCUCCCCUCAUUUCACACGGAUAACUUCAUAACGGACGAUACCAACACAUUUUGGAAUGGUUUCAGUAAAGUGUUUCCAUCGUCGUGGACUAAACGGCUGUUAUGCCUAUGGCACGUACAGCAAACCAUAAAGAGGAAUGCUAAUGCGAAACUUGUUAACCGUGACCUCAGCGAACCAUUCCUCAGGAAAAUGCGAGACAUCUGUCUUGUUCGCGAAAGAAGUGUCUUCGUAACACAGUACACAUCUAUGUUGAAGUAUCUUCGUGAGAAUGAUGAAAGCACGCUUGCGUCAUACAUGGAAAACACAUGGAGCAAUAGAGUGGACCAAUGGGCAGCCUUCGGGCGGCUAGGAUCCUGUGUCAGUACUUCUAUGCUCUGUGAGCGUUUCCAUAAAAAACUCAAGCAUGAGAUGUUGGAAGGGAAAGCGAACGUGAGGAUAGACAGACUCCUCCAACUACUCAUUGCCCUUACGACCGAGCUGGAAGAGGACCGGGAGAUUAUGAAGGAGAGAGGACUGGAGGAAGGAAGAUACAGGCUCCAGCAACAUCACAAGGCGCACACAUCGGCUGUCAACAAAUAUUGUGGGCAGCAGCAACUUGUCACUGUUGUUGGUCCUGGAACUUGGGAAGUGAAGGAGAACAGUAACUCAUAUCGCGUGGAGGAAUACUAUUGCCCAUGCGACAAGGAUUUCAACAAUCAUUGCCGAAGAGAAGGGUGUGGUGCAUGCCCUUAUGCGUUUGCUUGCACUUGUCCUAUGGAUGUGAAAAGUGGAAUAAGUUGUGUGCAUGUUCAUGCAACUCUGAUGUACGCAAAGUCAGGACGCCGUUCGCAUCGAGACGACGUUUCCUCGGUAUUUGAUGGAGAAGUUGAAAACGAGCAUAAUGGACCGUACAGCAGCGAUGGAGACGAAGAGAUGAUGGAAGUAGUGGUCGUGGAUGAUGUGGAAAACGAGUCGGUCGCAAGAAAUUCGACAGAUGUAGAGGACCGCCACAAGGAUAUGUUUCAAAGGAUGGAAAUGAUGUAUGCAUCAGCUCGUGAAAGUAUGCUUAAAGUGAUGAGAGAACCAACGGAAGGCACGGGAAUGGAGAUAGAGCAGGUGCUGCAGCAAAUGGACGAACUAACCAAGAGGUUAGGCUUGUUGGCAGAGAAUGUUGGAAGGAACGGAGAUACCGCUCGCCUUGCUCGCCGUCAUGACGUACCUCCGGUCGGCUGCCCUCAAGCGCUGACUCCGAUAAGGAAACAACAUAAGCGUGCCCACUUACGCAAAGCAGAACAGGCUAAGCGAAAGCCAGUCCUGGACAUUCCAGACUGUGCGCAGGACGAGAGGGACGCGUGUGCUGUAUGCCUUCGGAUGCAGCCUAUCACUGGUAGCACAAACCAUCGAAUAUGCUGGAUUCAAUGUCCAACAUGCCAAGACUGGAUGCAUGCCGACUGUAUCAGCAACAACGUGUGCCCUCGUGACGGAGCAGAGUUGCGGAGAAGUGAUGUGUAG